AUGGGCGCAAACAACUCCUCGACUUCCAUCAGCUCCAGACUGCAUCAUGAGUAUUCAGAACCAUUUUCUGUCACAGUCAUCGGCGCCAGAUUUCCGGCCGACGGUUCUGCCCCUCAUCUUGUGAAGGUCGCGACGAUGCCCGUCAGUUCUGGGCCUGGCAUAGACCUGAAUCACGUGCCCGACCUGCGUGCGUUUUGGAAAGCCCCAGAGGCAUGGAGGGACCGUGAAGUUCGGAGGGUAGAGCUUGGGGACCCGUUCCAGCCGUGGUGCAAUGGCCUAUAUCUGGUUAUCUUUUCGUUCGCGUGCGACUACCUGCCGCGAAAUGAAACCUUUCCGCCGGAGCUUACCCAACCCUUAUCGGCACACGGCGAUGUUUUUGUGUUCAAGCUGUACCCGUGGGAGUUUGCAGAGUUCGCCCGGGCAGCUUAUGAUAGCGUUCCAGCGGAACUAUUACAAUUGCCACUAUUUUCCCAAUUACAGGAGCGGCAAAAUAGUGCGGGUAGGAAGUCUAAGACCUGA